AUGGAGGCGGCAUCUGCGCGGUACGCCGCGAGGAACAACUGGGGGGAGCCGGGUCAUUCACCCCCCUCCCAGCUUCUGCGCUUUAUCCAAGCUGCCUGCAGCCCCGACAACUACGAGCCAAACCUGGCAAUGAACCUCGAGAUAUCCGACCUGAUCAACUCCAAGAAGGGAUCCGCCCCGCGCGAGGCCGCUGUCGCCAUUGUCGGUUACGUCAACCAUCGCAACCCCAACGUGGCCCUCCUCGCUCUCAAUUUGCUGGACAUCUGCGUCAAGAACUGCGGCUACCCUUUCCACCUCCAGAUCAGCACCAAGGAAUUUCUCAAUGAGCUCGUCCGCCGGUUUCCCGAGCGGCCCCCGAUCCGAGCCACGCGGGUCCAGAUGAAGAUUCUCGAGGCCAUCGAAGAGUGGCGCGGGACGAUAUGCGAGACGAGCAGGUACAAGGAGGAUCUGGGGUUCAUCCGCGACAUGCACAGGCUGCUGAGCUACAAGGGGUACACCUUCCCCGAGGUCCGGAGGGAGGAUGCGGCCGUGUUGAACCCCAGCGAUAACCUGAAGUCCGCAGAGGAGAUGGAGGAGGAGGAGCGCGAGGCGCAGUCGGCCAAGCUGCAGGAGCUCAUCCGGCGAGGCAGCCCUGAAGACCUGCAGGAGGCAAACAGGCUGAUGAAGAUAAUGGCAGGCUACGACACGAGAAGCAAGGUUGACUAUCGGGCCAAGGCUGCGGAAGACGUUGGGAAGAUCCAGCAGAAGGCAAGGCUUCUAGAAGAGAGGCUGGAAGGUUUCAAGCCAGGCGACACGAUGAGGGACGGAGAUGUCUUUUCAGAGCUCGCGGCAGCGCUGCAGAGCGCUCAGCCGAAGAUCCAAAAGAUGUGCGAGGAAGAGUCGGACGACCAUGAGGCCGUUGCCAAGCUCCUGGAGAUCAACGACAGCAUACACCGGACAGUCGAGCGCUACAAGUUGAUGAAGAAGGGGGAUGUGGACGCGGCGAACAAGAUAGCCAGAGGAGAGCCCGUCCCCUCGAGCAGCGCCGGAAAGAGCGCCGCCGCCGAGCUGUCCCUGAUCGACUUCGACGGAGACGCAGAUGCUAACGGCACGGCUACCGGAGCACAGGCACAGGCACAGGCAUCCUCGCAGGGGGGCUCCAUCGAGAACGACUUGUUGGGUCUGUCGAUUGGUGAUAGCAACGGUUUUGGGCAGGGCGGAGGCAUUGCGCUAGGAUUUGGUGCCAAUACAAGCAUUCCUGGUCCCGCCCUGCUGUCCUCGAUAACACAGAACAACAGCGCCAAGGGGACGAUAUCAACGCCAACCCCUCCGCCGCCCGGCUUCUCAGCUUUCUCGGCCUUCAGCUCCGCCCCGUCAGCCUCUCAGUCGAGCACUCCCCAGCCUCCCUCCUCCAUGCAGUCCGCGUUUGCCCCCCCUCCCAAGGCCCCGUCGGCAGACCCGUUUGCAGCACUCACAUCCUCCUCUUUCUCCUCCAAGCCCGCGACCCCUGUUCCGGCAGCUCAGUCAACCCCCGUUCCGGCAGCGCAGUCCGCAUUAGCAGGCGACGACGACGAAUGGUCUUUCUCGUCGGCUCUACCAGCAGAAACACCGUCUCGACCGACUAAGCAUUCGGCGGUCGUCGCCAAUACGAGCAUUAAAGUAGACAUGUUUGCCCUGCGGGGGGUCAUAGGCCCCAGUGUAAAUUCCAUAAUGAUGAAAUUCUCCUUUUCAAAUAACACGGCGCAGCCUGUUUCUGACUUACACUUUCAGCUUGCUGUCACCAAGGGUUUCGAGCUGCAGCUAAGCCCUCAGUCGGGGAGGAGUCUGGGCCCCAAUGAAGCUUCCGGCGUUGUUCAGACGGUGGAAGUAUGGCACGCGGGAGACAAGAACAAGAAGGUCGAAUUAAUCAAGCUGCGGUGGAGAGUGUCUUACCGGAUUGAGGGUGAGGUGAAGAACGAGAUGGGCGAGAUUCCAGAGUUUGGUCUAGCAUGA